UUUCGAGAAACUAGUAAAAGACAGAGAAAGGGAAAGGUAGGAAGAAAACGAUAAAAAAACAUAAUCAAAAUGAGUUACCAGAGAGUUCCUCAAGAUCCUUAUCCUCCUCCCGGUUAUAAUCCUUAUUUCCCACCACCCCCACCAGAGGGCCACCCGUCAGCCCCACCUCCGCCAUCUUUCGAAGGCUAUCCGCCUCCCCCACCGCCUGGGUUUCCCUCUUAUCCUCCUCCACAACCGCCACAACAACCGGCUUACGAGGGUUACCAAGGGUAUCUUGCUGAAGGGUAUCCGCAACCUCCAGGUGGUCAUCCUCAAUAUCAACAAUGUCAACCCCAGUAUGAGCGGUACAAUAACCAGGAGGACUAAUCUGAUGCUGGAUGUUACGCUUUCUUACAAGGCUGUUUGGCGGCUCUCUGUUGCUGCUGUGUGUUGGAGGAGUGCUGCACAUGAUAAUUCGUGAAUGAUCGAAUUAUGUCAUUUACAUUUCUGGUUUUUCUAUGCUUCGUUUCUACUGUAUGGAGGGAGAAAUGCAGCUAAUAAUGAGUUUUACCCUUCGUUAAUGGUAGUUGUUACUGUUCUAUAAAGAGUCGUAUACGUGUAGGGGUUCCAUCCAAAUCCUACUUGUAAUAGUUUUUAUCCACUCGAACUUUGUAAACAGAAGUUUUCAUUAUAAAUA